GAGGGAAAGCUGGAGAGCUCUGCGGUAGCAGUCAGCGCAAGAACCAAAGCAGAGAAAUACUGAGAGAGAGAAGGAAAAAAGAAGGUAGAUAGAGAAAGAACCACUGGAAUUAGGAGCAAAGAAAUAAAAUAAAGGAGAAAGAGAGAAGUCUGGAAAAUCAUUUCAGACCACGACAGAAGAGACUGAGAGAGAGAGAGGGGAAAAAAGACAAAAACAUGAAUUAAAAGAAGUCUUGGACUUCACAUUGGAGACACAUGUCCACGUGUGGAUUGUUACUGCUGCUGUGAUUUGUCAUUCCUCCUCACAGUGUGUGUGUGUUCUUGAGAGAUUGAGGAGAGUGUGUGAGCCUGUCGUUCCUCUGGAGUCUACGGGACCAUGGCACCUGUCAGGAAUGGAUGAACUUGAGGCUUAAAGGACUCUUGGAAGAGAAAGAAAGAGAAAAAAAACUGAAAUAGUAAAAGAUGAUGAUGACUAUGAUGAUGAUGAUGUGCAGCUCGCUGGUCCUGCUUGGGCUUAUUGGCGUCAGUGCUUCAUCCAGUGGAAUUUCAUCUUCCUCACCCCGGAUGAAGCUGUCUUAUAAAGAUCUCCAGCAGUUUAACGGCAUUAAGCGGUUUGACUUGGAGCAUUCGUGUUCUUUUGGAGCUCUCCUUUUAGAUGAGGAGAGGGGGCGGCUAUUUGUUGGAGCUCGUAACUUUCUGUUAUCUCUCAGUCUCGACAACAUCAGCAAACAGGAACAGAAGAUCUACUGGCCAGCGCCUGUUGAUUGGAGAGAAGAGUGCAACUGGGCUGGGAAAGACAUCAAUAUGGACUGCGUAAACUAUGUGAAAGUGCUACAUCACUACAAUCGGACUCACUUGUACGCCUGUGGGACAGGGGCUUUCCACCCCACCUGUGCUUAUGUGGAGGUGGGACAGAAAAUAGAGGAUCAUGUGUUUAAAAUCGACCCCUCUAUGGUAGAAGAUGGAAAAGGAAAGAGUCCGUAUGACCCACGCCACACAUCAGCAUCUGUUCUAAUUGGUGAUGAGCUUUAUGCAGGCGUGGCCACUGAUUUAAUGGGGCGGGACUUUACAAUCUUUCGCAGCAUGGGACGAAGGCCCUCCAUACGAACAGAACAGCAUGAUUCUCGCUGGCUCAAUGAGCCCAAGUUUAUAGCGGCAGUUGGUGUUCCAGAGAGUGAGAAUCCUGAUGAUGAUAAAGUAUUCUUCUUCUUCAGAGAAACUGCUGUAGAAGCUCAGGGAUUUGGGAAGGUUACAUAUUCCCGGAUUGGUCAGCUGUGCAGGAACGAUAUGGGAGGACAGCGCAGCCUAGUAAAUAAGUGGACGACAUUUCUAAAGGCUCGUCUUGUGUGUUCUGUACCAGGCAACGAUGGCACUGAAACACAUUUUGAUGAACUUAGGGAUGUGUUCCUGCUGCAGACCCGUGACCGAAAGAACCCGCUGAUCUACACCGUCUUUACCACCUCAAGCAGCGUAUUUCAAGGUUCUGCAGUGUGUCUCUACACCAUGAAUGACAUUCGCCGGGCAUUUUUAGGACCUUUUGCCCAUAAAGAGGGACCCAAUUAUCAAUGGGUUCCAUUCCAGGGUAAAGUGCCGUAUCCACGGCCAGGCAUGUGUCCCAGUAAAACCUUCGGGAGUUUUGAGUCCACUAAAGGUUUCCCUGAUAACGUAAUCCAGUUUGCAAGGCACCAUCCAUUAAUGUUUAAUCCAGUCACUCCACUGGGAGGCCGGCCGCUGUUCCUGCGCACUGGAAUACCAUACACCUUCACUCAGAUUACUGUAGACCGGGUCAGCGCAGCUGAUGCACACUACGAUGUAAUGUUCAUCGGCACAGAUAUCGGCUCUGUGCUGAAGGUGAUCUCUGUGCCCAAGGGAAGCUGGAGUAACACAGAGCUUCUGCUAGAGGAGCUUCAGGUCUUUAAGGAUUCUUCAUCUAUUAUCAGUAUGCAGAUUUCCUCUAAACGGCAACAGCUGUAUGUUGGCUCAGACACAGGUGUUGUCCAGGUGCCUCUGCACCGCUGCAGUAUGUACGGUAAAGCUUGUGCCGAGUGCUGCCUGGCUAGAGAUCCAUACUGUGCCUGGGACGGACACACCUGCACACGCUACCUGCCAAACACAAAACGGAGGUUCCGGCGUCAGGAUGUGAGGAAUGGGGAUCCUAAUGCACUCUGCUCAGGAGACCAUCAGAAGCAGCGUGUUCUGGAGAAGAGGCUGUAUGCUGUGGAUGGAAGCAGCUCCUUCCUGGAAUGCAACCCGAAAUCAUUACAGGCCCAGAUUACAUGGACCUAUCAGAGGCACCCGGAAAACUCACGGGAGGAGGUUCGUUUAGAUGACCGUGUUUUGCAGACUGAGCGAGGCCUGUUGCUAAGGCGAGCCGUGCGUAGAGACAGCGGUGUGUAUCAGUGUCACGCAAUGGAACACGGAUUCACCCAGACCAUCCUCGUGAUCACGUUGGAGAUUUUGCCUUUGGCUGGCUCCGCCCCUUCAGCUCCUAUCCCUCGCAGCCCCGCCCACUCCCACGCCAAUCACGGGCAGUCUACCAAUCAAAAGCUGUGGUACAGGGACUUCAUGCAGUUGGUGGAUCACCCAAACUUAAACACGGUCGACCAGAUCUGCGAGCAAGUUUGGUCACGCAAGCACAGUCUUUCAGGGAAGAGCACUCCAGAUACAGCCAAUGAGGCACCGGUUCACGACCCGCUGCACUCUAAAAAGUGGAAGCACCUGAAGGAAGUGAGGAAAGGGCGAAAUCGCAGAACGCAUGAUGGGAGACCUGCCCCCAGAGCGCCGCGGAGCGCGGGAGAGUAGCGAGGGAUGAGAGACGGAGUGAAAAAGAGACUGAGAGACAGAAAGAUAGAGCAAAAACCACUGGAGGUGGACAGCUUCUCAUACAGCAUCUAAUUCAAUGACUGUUUAUCACCUGUUCUGCUUCUUAUUACCCCUGUGACGACACUCCACUGCCUGUUAUCAGUCUCUAUAUACUCUAUUGCCCUCAUCUCCAGUCUGAAGACUCAAUCUAGUGCCCCCAUGACCCCAAUCCCACUCCCGCCAGCAUCUAUUACUCCUGAUGUUUAUCCAGAAACCCACACUCCAUCCAAUUCAUCUAAAUACUAACACAAACUCAAGAGGUCCUAAAAUCCCAAAAAUCCCUUUGAAUUGUAACAGGAAAAGCUUUGAUCGGAAAUUGAGGACACAAAGACGUGCAUGCACUGCGUAAACACAGGCUCUUGUGGACACACAUUGAGUAAAUACAUGCAUACUCUUGUUUUCAUCUGGUUGUUUGUGCAACAUGUGUUCUGUAUAUUAGAUUCUUCUCUCACUUUGGCCCUGAAACAGAGACCUCACAGACCCUUGACUCACCAGCACCAGAUGAACAUCAUUACUCUUCUUUCACUGCUUGAAGACAUAAAACACAACAUUUCAAGCAAACAAAAGACAAAAAAAGGAGAAAAAAACUGUACAUUUGUGAUCUGGUAAGGUUGUAGCUACAGUAAGAGUGUUUAAGUAAAUGUUUUUUUCAUGUGACGGUAAUUAUAUACCUUGCAAGCUUAAAGCUUCACUGAGCUUUACAUUUCUGGCCGUUCUGUAAAGUAACAAAGGUGAACUAUUUUGAGUUACUAAGUUAUGUUUCAGGUGUUCUGAUUAUGUGUUGAAUGAGACUGAGAUGGGCACAGCAUUAAUGUACGGGGCAUAAUGGGUAGUAUGUUCUGAGACCAGGUGAGGAAAUAUACAGAGAAACCUUUUUAGAUUAGACACUUUUAGGUCUAAACUAACAACUAACCUCUUGAAUUCAAAAAUCUGAAUAGCUAUGCAUAUGUGUCUAAGAAAGAUUUUCCUGCUUUUUAUACAACUCUACCAUAUACGUAUGUUCACCGUUUAAAAAAAAUGAGCCUUCUGUGAGCAUCAUAUACUGGAAGACCACGGCUAAUGUAUUAUUAUGUUUGCAUUAUAAGUACAUAAUGGGUUAAAUCAGAAAACGCAGAUCCGAAGUCCUUUCUGAAGGGAAGAAACAAGAAAAAGUAGCUACAAAAAAUUGUCUUUAGCUCUCACUCUUACAAUUCAGAUAAAUAUUUAAUAUAACACAUUUAACGAUUAUAGCCAAUUUUUCAUUGACACAUUCUGUCUUUUGAAAAUAGCGCAAAAGCGAUAUGGGAGCGAGUCAGACAAAUUCUAUAAAUUUACCAUGGUAACAGUUUACACAAAAAUACCAUAGUUAGGCUCAUAGAUAUGUACAUAUAUGCAUAGCCUAUACAUUUCUAUGGUUAGGCUACUUUAGUCAUGGUUGCUACUUUAAAACUGUGGUAACUUAUCCGCCACCACAAAAAAAGAAGUUAUUUUGGACACGGUGGUUAGCAAGGUGGAUAGGUGGGCUCUUGGGCUCGUGCUGUCUCGGUCUGAGGGCCCUCAUCUGGUGUCUGUGGGUAUUUGUGGUUUCUGCUGUGACGGGGAUGAGAGAAAUGUGGCAUUGUAAAAUAAUCAAUUCUGAUUCAUUUUUAAAUGGAUGUAAGAAUGUUUUGAGCAGAACUGGCGGAUUAUCAUGUGGUAGUAUUUAUAUCCGUUUUCUAAAAGUUGUACUUAAUGGUUAUUUUUUUGCAUGACUUAAAACGUCUUGAGCGUUUUUUUUAUACAAUGGGAAGACCAUGUUUUAAAACUGUCUUGCAAGAUCAUCUGGUGUUUUCAACAUAUAUUUAUGGCUCGAUAAGCUAAUGUGUUGUGGUGGUUUGUGAUGAAACUGACCUACGUGUAUUGUCCAUUUUGAUAGAGGAGAAUAUGAGAACAUCCUUGUGUGUAUAUUUUGAAAUCCUUCUCCUUCUUUUGAAUACACAUUUAAAGACCUAACCUAACACAAUUCGAAAGUAACUAUUCGGGUAAUUUAAAAGACUAUUCAAACAGCAUUUCAAACUCAUCUGAUUUUUUUUGUAGUAUUUGUGACGCUUCUUAUCUUUAGAGAGAGAGUGUAAGAAAAGAGCGGGUGUAUGUGUCUCAAUGUGAGAGAGGCUCUGUGUGUUUGUGCCAUUAAAUAUUAGGAUUUCUGUACAUUGGGGGAAAGUGUGAGUUGCAUUUUGUGGACAAGUCAAAGGUCGAAGGCCAAAGUUGACGUGAACACUGUAUUAUUCCCGGAGUAUUUUCUCUGUGGAUUGUUGCA